AUGCAGUCCGACCGAUAUCCGGGGUAUAACCCCCAUGAGCUGUUGACUCCGCCCUUGACGCCUGCGAGCCCCUUCACCCAAUCCGACUGUACCUCCUCCGCCAUAGGAACACGCACGACAAACGGUAUGGGCGUGGUCGACUCGGCGAACGCGUCGCCGGACUUUAGGCUGCCACCGCCAAUGUCUGUGCCGGAGCUUGAUCUGGAUGAUGUUGGCGGGGGACGAGCUGGAGUUGCUCAUGGGGAGAAGGGAGAUGGAAGGUGGGAGGAUGAUGGGGAGGAGAAGUAUAGAUGGAGGGAGGAUAUGACGGGGGAAGAGAGGGAGGCGAGGGAGGCGUGGUUGGCUAGUGGGCGGGGUAAGAAAGGGUUGAGAAUCGUCAUCGUGACCGAAAACUUCCUACCAAAAGUAGACGGAGUCACCCGCACCCUCUCCCGCCUCCUCGAACACCUCCACGCCUCCGGGCACCAAUGCAUGCUCCUCGGCCCCUCCUCCUCCCUCUCUUCCUACGCCUCCCACCCGCUCGUUGGCACCCUCGGCAUCCCCCUCAUCCUCUACCCAGGCCUCAAACUCAAUUUCGUGAGGCCAAAGUUUCUGAGGGUGAUAAGGGAGUGGAAGCCGGAUGUGGUGCAUUUUGUGGAUCCCAUUUGGCUGGGGGCGCAGACGAUGGGCUUGGAGGGGCGGUGGUGGCUAGUUAUCAUACGUGUGUCUCAUUUUCACGGGGUCGAUGAGAGGCAAGAGCUGACGCGAGGUAGGAAUCUGGCAACGUACGCGACCCUCUUCGGCCUCCCCUCCCUCACUCCUCUGAUAUACAAAUUCCAACACCUCCUCUACUCCAAAGUUCUCCUCACCCUCUGCCCCUCCCCUUCCACACAAAAGAUGCUGGAGGACCAAUCGUUCGACGGCGUCCGGCUUUGGCCCAGGGGCGUCGAUCUGGCGCAGUUUGGGACUGGCAAAAGAAGUCUUAAGAGGAGGGCGGAGUGGGGUGUGGGGUAUGCCCCGGGGGAGAGGGAUACGCCGGGAGUGGGGUUGGGGAAGGGAAGAGUGGUGGGGACAGGGUGGAAUGGGCAAGAAGGGAAGGGGUUGAUGACGCCGCCGAUGAGUCCUGAGGAUGGGGCGGUGGACGCGAAGCGUGGUGUACCUUUACCUGAACCGGAGAUGUCAGCGGGGGUGGAGGGGUUGCCUGAGAGGGUCGUGCUCUUGUAUGUCGGGAGAAUAUCGUGGGAAAAGAACAUCCACCUCCUCCUAUCCGCCUACGCCCACCUCGCCUCCCUCCUUCCCUCUCAAUCACCAUUCCCAUCCCCACUGCCCAAGCUCGUAUUCGUCGGCGACGGCCCAGCUCGCUCAGAACUGCAAGCGACAUGCGCAAAGAACGCCUGGGACGCCGAGUUUCUCGGGUAUCGGCAAGGGGAAGAUUUGGCAGAGUGUUAUGCUAGUGCGGAUGUCUUUGCGUUUCCGAGUUUUACAGAGACGUUUGGGCAGGUCGUUUUGGAGGCUCUUGCUAGUGGUAUUCCUGUAGUAGGCCUCGAUGCUGAAGGGACUCGCGACCUCGUCCAACACUCCUCUACCGGCUUUCUCCUCCCACUCAACCCAUCUCCGGCCGCCCCUACAGCCCAGCCACUCACAUGGCCCACAGCCUCCAACCCUUCUUCCCCCCACUUCAACCAUCUCGCAGAAGAAUACGCAAAGCUCCUCUUAGAAGCUGCUACGGAUCACGGGAAGAGGCGGGAGAUGGGCAGGGUUGGGAGUACGAGAGGGAUUGAGGGGAGGACGUGGUGGGAUGCUAUGGAGAGUUGUGUGGAUGGGUAUCGCGAGGCUAUGAGGAUUGCUCGACAACGGCGAUCGAUCAACAUCGUCACUUCUCCCCCACCACCUGUCGAGCUUGAAGCCUUGGUACCGCCUGCCUCUCCAAAACACCCUAAGAGGGUCAGCGCGGUAGUUAACAGGGUGGUUAGUAGACGACUCGCUUAUAAGGAUCAAGAUAGGCAGGGGCUCGAGAGGAAGGGGAGAUGGGUGUUGCGGAAGAGGGAAGGAGAGAGUUUGUGGUUAUCUGUCUUGAAGGUGUUGUUGAAAGUGUUUGUAGCGCUUGCGCUGGUGUAUGCCAUUUACGUGAAUAGGAUGGGGAAAGAGACGUACCUGCAGGCUGAGGGAGGUCUCUUAUACUGAAAUGUUGUUGUCUACUCGGCUCCUUGCUGCUUCGUGAGAAGGUGAAAUGCUUAAUGUUGUCAGUUAUGAAUCCUAGUCUGAAC